AUGGAACCGAACAACAGUCGUUCCGACUCGGUUGACACGCCGCCAGCAGAGGCCUUGAGCGAUGCGCCCAAAUUGAGCUUCAACCACGACCUUCGGUUCUGGCUGGUCUUUGGUGCGUUGUGUGUAACUUCUUUGCUGGCCGCUCUCGAAGGAACCGUCACAUCCACGGCUCUUCCUACCAUUGUCGCGGACCUACACAUUGGCGACAAUUAUCCUUGGGUAUCCAACGCCUACUUCUUGACCACCGCAGCCUUUCAGCCGCUCUACGGGCAACUCGCCAAUGUUUUCGGUCGCCGCUAUCCGAUGAUCUUCUCCGUCGUCCUCUUCAUCCUCGGCAGUGGUAUUUGUGGCGGUGCCUCGAGCGCGGCCAUGCUAAUCGCUGGUCGUGCGGUCCAAGGUGUUGGAGGCGGCGGAAUUAAUAUGCUUAUCGAUCUCAUCAUUUGCGACCUGGUCCCCCUGACGCAGCGAGGCGCAUACAUUGGACUGCUAUUCGUCGUCUUUGCCGUCGGUACUUCACUGGGCCCAUUCAUCGGCGGCGCCAUUGUCAGCAACACGACCUGGCGAUGGGUCUUCUACCUCAAUCUUCCUAUUGGAGGGUUAGGUCUAGUUCUACUCAUCCUCUUCCUGCAAGUGAACUACAACCGCGAGAUGUCCAUUGGGACGAAGCUGAAGCGCUUGGACUACCUCGGGAACCUGCUGCUCGUCGGUGCAAUUGUAUCAAUUCUGAUUGCGCUCAGUUGGGGCGGCACGCGUUAUCCUUGGUCAUCCGGCCACGUCCUCGCCCCGCUGAUUAUCGGCCUCCUGGGCGUUCCGGCGUUCGUCCUGUACCAAGCGACUCCAUUUGUGAAAGAACCGACCACCCCGUUGCGACUGUUCAACAACCGUACUUCAAUUAUCGCGUUCUUCAAUACCUUCAUGCACGGCCUUCUCAGCUUCUGGAUCCUUUACAUGCUUCCGGUCUACUUUCAGGCAGUGCUACAGUCGUCCCCAGAACGCUCCGGCGUACAACUUCUCCCAACCGUGAUCUCGAUGAUCCCCGUUGCCGGCGUGUCAGGUGCCAUUCUCUCGAAGACCAGCAACUACAAAUUGCUACACAUCGCCGGCUUUGCCCUUCUCACCAUCGGCCUCGGCACCUUCACGGUGCUAGGCCCCGAUUCCUCCACCGCAGCGUGGACGCUGACGCAGAUGGUCGCCGCAUUCGGCGCCGGGACCAUCAUGCCCGUUCUCCUUCCCGCGGUCCAGGCCGGGCUCGAGGAGAAAGACACGGCGACUUCUACCGCUCUCUGGGCCUUUGUCCGCAGCUUCGGCAUCAUCUGGGGCCUGUCCGUGCCUGCCGCCAUUUUCAACAAUCAAUUCGACAAGUAUGCCUCGUCGAUCAGCGAUAGCACGGUACGAAAUAUGCUGAGCGGGGGUAAUGCGUACUCGUACGCCUCGAGUGCGACCAUCAGUGCACUCCCCACCCAGGUGCGGUCGGAGACCAUCGAUGUGUAUUCCCGCAGCCUUCGGGUGGUGUGGCAGGUCUCCAUCGCGUUCUCCGGGCUGUCGUUUCUGCUUUGCUUCUUGGAGAAGAAUAUCAAGUUGCGGUCGCAUCUGGAGACGCAGUACGGGUUGAAGGAGAAGGAGGCGAAGGACGGUGCGAAUGGAAGUUCGCCCCCUGCUUGA